GGACGUAGUGGAAGAGUGUACCGGGAAUAUAUGAAAGACAAGUGAGAGGACAAUGUCUGCCUAUUUAUAUAUAGUACAUGUGUAUGUAAAAAGCUAUUGAAUAAUUAAAAAGAAAUUAAUGUUCAAAUAAUAACAAAAUUCAGAGCGCGCCACAAUAAAAGAGUGACAAAUAAUAAUAAUAAAAAUAAAACACGUCCAGCGUACUACAGCACUUAGCUUAAAAAAGCCCAAAAGCCGAACCGUGGUGUUAUGUUGUACGCAUAGAUACAACUAAAAACAAAUAGAUAUCUUAUCAAUUUUCCAUGUGAGAAUAUAAUUACCAUUUACCGGGUACAAAUCAAGUCAUUUAACAUACUUCAACAAAAGGCGUUCGGGAGAGUUUUGUGGAUUACGCGUUGCUCUAGUCAAGGAGUUGGAUUAAUUGUAGCCCGCCACUAUUAUGGCCUCCGUGAGCGUCCCCAAUGCAGACUCACUUUACAUGCAACUAAAUGCAGCUGAGCUCCAAGCUAUAAACAUGAAAGAUUCGCCCAACUCAAAUGACCGUGAUGCGGGCUUCUGCUCUGCCAGCUCGGAAAGCGAAGGCGGCGACGACUUGGCGCUUGAGCAUUCACACAUCGGCAGUGCCAAUGUGGGGCCGGCGGAAGACUACCACACCACAACCAAAAUGGUCGAAGUAAAGCCACUGGCGCUAAUGAGAAAUAAGCGCAAGAGCACGGAGCCUUCGAAAGUCGUGGAGUCCUCGGCCUCAAUCAGUUCAAUCAUCAGCUGUACGGCAGCUGCUGUUGCAACGGGGCCGCUCAAGAAGCGCAUUCGGUAUACCUCCUCGGCCGACUCGGCAGUGGUGUUGACGCCGCCUGCCAUGGCCUCGCCCUCGCCAUCGCCCAGUAGAGAUGGACUUAUGUGGGAUCCUAGUCAAGUGCUGCCGCACGAAGGCAUGCCACACCCGGCACAUGUCUUCGUCCGGCAUCCCGGCGUAACCACGCUGCACCGCGACCUCACAGUCCAAUUGCAGCAACAGGUGCAGCAGGAGCCGCUUGCUCUGGUGCUUAGAAAGCCACAAUCCACUGAAAACGGGCUCCCGCACUCGAACAGCGUCCAGCACAGCCCCAAGAAACCCGCACAGAACAAGAAAUUACGGCGCUCUACGACCGAAUCCCCUUUGGACUUGCAUGAGGAAGGCGAUUCGAGCAAGGGGAACUCCAGUAAUGGUCUGCUACGACCACAGCAGCGCAACUACAAAAACAUGACGCGGGAGCGACGGAUUGAAGCCAAUGCACGGGAGCGUACCCGCGUCCACACCAUCUCGGCAGCCUACGAGACGCUGCGACGUUCCGUGCCCGCCUAUGCCAGCUCCCAGAAGCUGUCCAAGCUAUCCGUGCUGCGAGUCGCCUGUUCUUACAUACUUACAUUGAGCCGCAUGGCCGGCGAGGACUACAGUGCUGACCAGUCGGAGCCGACGAUUGCCGAAUGCAUCGAGGCGGUCACCUCCACCAUACAAACCGAGGGCAAGAUCAAACGUAAAAAGGAUGAGUAGUAUUGCCUUACACGAGAUACUCAAAUUCCAAUAUUCUGAAGUGAUGUUGGGUGCUGUUGUUGUUGGAAUUGGAGUUGGAGUUGGAUUUGGAUUUGCAACAUAGCUUUACAAGUUUUCAAAGCGUCUUUGGUAGAUUUAUUUGCUUUAUUUUUUACAAAGGGGAAUCAAUUAUGCGCAUUGAUAUAAGUAUGUUAUACAAUAUACGAGUAUGUAAAAACAAA